AUGGAGACAGACGCGGAAAUGCGUGGUGCUGAACUCCCUGCCAAGUUUGGGAAGAGUGGCUGGCGCAAAGAAGACUACCUUGACAGAUCAAUUCCAGAAGCUUAUGAGCACUUACGUGCUGAGAGACUUCAGCUGAGCAGGAAAAGGGUGUCGGUGCCACGAGAACUGGAAGCCAUACAGUCAAAGCCCCUCUUGGAAGGCGAACCUGACAAGAUGAAGCAAAUGGAACUGGACUAUUCUGUGCUCAGAAAAGAAAACGACGAAUUGAGGAGCAUGAAUGGCACCUUGAAAGUUCAGAAGGCUGUCUCCAAGGGAAGAGUGGUUGUCCUCAUGGGGGAGAAAUCAGCACUUGUGAAGAUGGUCAAUUCGCUUAAGCAGGAGGUUGACAGUAUCAAAUCUGCGGGUGGAAAAGACAGCAAUGCAGCAGGUGCUGUAGAACUCGAUGACGCAGUGGAUGGGGGGAAUGUAUUGAAGAGUUCUGAAGUGGAAGAGCAGCUUCUGAGGUCCAGAGAAGAUAUGGAAGAGCUGCAGAAGAAAUUUGAUGAGCUGCAGCAGGAGCACAGCAGUGUUGUAACUGAACUUGCAGGGGCCCGUGCUGGUGGCGUAACAGAGACACAAACGGGCGAACUGCAGCAGCAGCUUGAAGCAGCCCUCAGCAAUGUUGAGCGUACAGGUGAGACUUUGCAGAAGUUGGAGGGAGAAAACCAGGGCCUCAGGGCACAGGUGGAGGAGCUGGGGGGUGCCAAAACAGCACUGGAGAACCAGAUCACAAGUCUUCAGAAGGAGGCCAAUAUCCUGAAGUCUGACAUGGCUGAGCUUGGGGGGUUGAGGGCAACACUAGAAACGCGAACAGAGAGCCUCGAAGAAGAAGUCACCACCUUGAAAUCGGACUUGGAUUUGCUCAAGGAAGAGAAGGAGAAAAUACAGCAACAGCGGGACAAAUACGACAACAUUUUGGGACAUGCAAAAGCCAAUCUCGAGAAACUAAAGGGCGUGCUCAGGGAAAAGAACAAGAAGGUUUCUGAAUUGGAGCAGAAGUUGGCUUCCCAAGAUGCUGGAGUUCACUCAAAGCUUUCUGAGUCAGAAGCGCUGGUGGCAUCGCUGCGUUUGGAGCUUGCUGACACAGAUGAAAAAUGGUCAGCUCGUCACAAUGAGCUGAAAACCGCCCAUGACAAUGUGGCAGCUAAGCUUGCUCAGUUGGAAUCUGAAAAGCAAUCCCUAGUUUCAGAAUCCUCAAACCCACCAGUGGAUAUCGAACCAGAAUCAGAAGGGUGUUCGCCUGCACAUGUUGUUACAUCAAGAGGGCUUGGUGUUGAAGCCAUGCAGAUUGGGGACUUGCAAAGACGCCUAGAGGAGGCUGCAAAGGAGAAUCAGGAGCUUGUUGGCAGCAUUGAAAAGCUCCAAGAAGAGUCACAACGGGCAGCUGCUGAGGUUGAGAAGGUGCAGGCGACAGCCAAUGCAGACAAGGAUGCGCUUAAGGCAGCCAUGCACCAGUUGGAAGUAAUGGAGAGUGAGGCAACAACCCUGCGCUCCAAUAUGGAGGUGGAGCAGCAGAACGUCCGGCAACUGCAGGACGCCUUGGAAUCUGCAGGGGAACAGGCAAAAGCCAAGGAGGAGCUCACCUGUGCUCAGUCGCAGAUUGUGGAGCUGAGGGCCCAACUCGAAGAAGCAGAGGGCCGGUCCAGCAACGCAGAGGCACAGUUGGUGGAAGCCUUGCAACGAGUGCAGGAUGCUGAUGAGGAGUGCAAGAACCUGCAGCUUCGUCUGGAUGGAGUAUAUGAACAAGUCUCACAGAAGAUUGCUGAGAAUGAUGAGCUCAGCGGGAAGGCAGAAAAGUUGGAAGCCGUUCAGGGUGAACUGGACUGCUUAGUCCAGAACAGGGAGGCUCUCGACGCUGCCAUGGUGCUGAAAGAGGAGCAGCUUGAAUCGAGCAUGUUGCAAGUGGACGAGCUCAGGGAUGCUCUGAAAGCAGCUCAGUCACAGGUGAAGGAUGCUGAAGAGAAGCUGGGCACCCUUAGCUCCUUGCAGCAGCAGCUCUGUGUUAAGGAUGAGGAGUUGAGGUUUGCCAACACUGAGAUUGACACACUGCGAAGUGAACUUCAGGAAACAGAGAAUGCCACAGCGGAGACAGCACAGAAGGUGGAGGCCAAGGAGGAGGAGCUUGCUUUGCUGGGUUCGCAGGUGACAGAUCUGAAGAGCCAAGCUGAAAGGCUGGAACCAGCUCUCCAGACUGUCAAACGAUUGGAAGGAGAGUUGGGGACUCAGGUGCAGGAAAUUAUUGAGCUCAAACAAAAACUGCAACUGAGAGAUGAUGAGCUGGGGAAAUUGGAGAGGGAGGCAAAAGAGCAAGAAGGCAGCCUUGCCUUGGUAGAGAUGGAGAGAGCUGAUUUGUUGGUACAGCUGUCCGAAUCACAGACGGCCGCAGCUGAGCUCAGUCAAGAGCUGGAGUCAUUGCGUGCUGAGCACUCACAGGGGUCCAAAGAGGGCGCAGCAGUGCUGCAGCAGAAGCUUGAGGACAAGGAGCAAGAGCUGAUGUCUGUUUCUCAGCAUCUUCACCAAUUGGAAUCUGAUUGUGCAGAGUCGCGGUCGACAGUGGAGGAGUACGGGAGGAUGUUGGCGGCAAGCAAGGAGGCCCUGGCUUCAAGGGACACAGAGAUGGCUGCACUGCAGGCUGAAGCAGAAAGGCUGGAGCCUGCCCUACAGAGCAUCGAGCGCUUGGAGAACGAGCUUCGUUGCAAAACAAGAGACCUGCAGGACCUACGUUUGGAGUUGUCAGGCAAGAUUGACCAGCUUGAAGCGGCCCAAAAUCUUGUAAGGGAGCUUGGCAGCAAACUCGAUGCACUUGAAAGUGAACAUGAAGAGACAAAGAGACAGUCAGAACGAUUGGAACCUGCUCUUCAGACGAUCGAACGAUUGGAAAAAGAUCUACAAAUCAAGUCUAACGAGUGUGAGGCUGUGCAAGCUCAGGUGAGGGAUUUGGGUGCUACUAUGGAGUCCAGUGGUCUUGAGCGGGCUGGCCUUAUGGAUCGGCUGUCUGCAUCAGAAGCGGACAUGAGACAACUGGAGACGUCAUUGGAAGCUUCUCAAAAGGAGUGUGCUCAGCUAGCUGCACUUGUCGAUGAGCAGAAGUCAACAAUCAAUGAUCUUGGUGCAAAGCUUGAAGAUGCUGAGGGCCAGUGUGGCAGGGCUCAACAAGAUGCUGCAGAAAAACUGAUGGCGCGUGCCACAGAAGUUGAGGAAGCACUGGAGCUUGCAGAGUUUGCGGAGACUAAGUUGCGGGAAUCCGAUGACAGGGCAAACCAACUCCAAGCUCAAUUGACCUCGCAACUAGAAGAAAUGGAGCAGUUGAAGCAGCAGGCAAAUGAAUCCAUAUCAAUGCUGAAUGCAGAUGUGCAAACCAAGUCCUCCGAGGUAGAAGACCUGCGAUCCGGGAUUAAGGCACUGAAUGUUGAUGUUGCAACCAAGCAGCAGGAUGUUAUUGGCCUGACAGCAAGGCUGAGUGAGGCUCAGUCUGAGGCCGCUCGCCUGCAAGGCGAAUUGGACGAAAGGACACAAGAACUAGAGUCAGUGAAGUGGCAGGCAAACCAGUACCCCAUAUUGGAUCAACUGAAGAGGUCACUGGAAUCGGAGCUGGCUGCUGCGAAAGACAAUGCUAAGAUGUUGACACAGCAGGUUUCAUCACAAGCGCAGGAGAUUGAACGCCUAUCUGCUUGGGCGCACACUGCACAGCAGGCUGAACACAGUGCAGCAGAUACACAAGAAAAGCUGGCAGCUGCAGAACAACGGCUUUCGAGCCUGCAGAGGGACCUGGAUGUCAAGUGUGGGGAGCUGGAAGCCUUCCGGAGCAAUGCUGCAGAGCUGGAUGCCCGUGCCAAACAACUUGAAGCUCACUUGAGCGCGAAGACACAGGAACUGGAGAUAGCGAACCGGCAGGCUGAGGAAUAUGCUAACAAUGCCAAUAUGGAGAUACACAAGACGUCUGCUGAGCUUCACCAGGCGCAGCUCAGCGCGCAUGCCCUGGCUGAGGAGCUUGCUGCGAAGGACGAGGAGCUGGCGCGGUGGCACGCGACCGCCCGAGAGAUGGCCCCGUCGCCAUCCAGCUCCGAUCACACAAGCUUGAACAUCAUGCCAGCGUCGACAUCUGAGGUGUCGCCGCUCGUUGGCGGCAUGACAAACAAGAAGAACGAAGACCGAGAUUAUGACGUGGAGGAAGCCAUGCUCACCGGUGGCGACCAGACAGGCUUUCAGCCUCUGGCAGGCAUCAUCAGACGGGCCCCCUGGGGCUUGGGACUGGAGCCUUGCGUGAAGGGUGCAGAGUUCUCAGACCGUGCUGCUGUCACCCUGCUGCGAAGGCCGGUGCUGAGGACAGCUAUCUUGUUCUACCUCGUGAUUUUGCACAUAGUGGCGUUUAUUUGA